AGCGCAAAUGUCUGCCAACCUGCAUCGGAAAAGCAAAGAUGAAUGAAGAACCACUUGAGUCCGCGAUAAUUUCUCGCAAUGUGCGUUGACGUCUGGUAGAGCUGGGUGAAACCUGAAGUCCAGAGAUUUGCAUCUGGAGGCUUCUCAUGAAGAGGUUCUCGUKUCUGAAAGAGACCCCACCAAGCUAUACUCAUACACAGAGCAUUGAUGGUGAAUGAUGUUGCCAUACCGAUUCGGUUCAAGAAAAGGUCGGAGCGUAUUUUCAGAAGGAUGAAUGCGCCAAGGAUGGCAGAAAGAUAAACUACCAUCCCGGCAUAAGUCCAGAUGGUGAUGCAUUUGAUCCAGUAUGCCAAUUGCAAUUCGCAUUUAGUCAAAUCUGGCAAAUAAGAGUACUGGAUAGCGGUCACGAACCACCCGAAAAAUACGCUGAGCGCGUGGAAAAACAACAUGUAAACAUAGUUUUCCUCGUUCAAAAAUAUCAACGGGAAUAUGAACAUUGUGUACAAUAUGGACAUGAUUCGUCCAAUCAACAAUCGAUGUCUCGUGUAAUCGAUAACAGCUCCAAUGAAUGGCAACAUGAUUGCCGCAAUCAAUCCAACGACCCCUGCAUACGUCGUCAGCAGAGACGUAGCAUUUAGCCCGCCAACGCCCGGGCCGCACUGUUCUCGCACCAAAUCUGCAUCCGUUUCGUUGGCCAUGUUUAGACGACAAACGUACGCUUUCUCCGCCACUCGCAGAAGCGCAGUUGCAAAGAAGGCACCGGWMCCAAUGUAUUGCAUAGCCAUAGAAACAGACACCAUAGUCCAASCUAUCGCUUCAGAAUUUCCAUCGUACAAAGGUUUCCCCCUCCAUCGAGGAUAGUAUUUCGAAACUUGCCUCUCGCUUCGAGACGACAACUGAGGUUCUGACUCUGGUGAUGUUGCUCGGUUGGAAUUCUCCAUGGUAUCCGGAACAUCCAUGGGGGCUGAAGUUCCGGUUCCAGAUUCAGUUGAACUGCACAUCACUUCUGAUGUSAUGCGAUGGGAUUUGGUAAUAAUAUUGGUGCGAAAUA